AUGUCGUGUAGCGGGAGGCAGGGGCGUUGCAGGAGAGGGGGAGGGUGGCCCUGGGGAACAGAUGCAAAGCCACCACCACGACUUGAACAAAACCAAGUGUGGUGUUCAGAUAUAUGGAGGCAGGUGUGUGGUAGUUUUGGCGUCCCGUGGAACCUCGUGGUCGUCAUAACGGUGCUUACGGUGCUGACAACUACGAUAACCCCAGGAUGGUGUCAAGAAAAGCCUGAAACUACAAAAGAGUGCACUGUGCAUCCUGUGACGGAGGACGUCUCCACGCCUGAAGUGAGGUUCUCUCAGGCGGGAGAAGUGGUGGUGGGUUUGCUCCCGCCGGUCCCUGGAGAAGUCCUUGCGGGUCUUACGUUUACAAUCACGACGUCCACCACAAACACUGUCCUGAAAGUGCUCAUGGAUAACCCCAAGACCCUCGAGUGCUGGCGGGGCUCCUACCUACUGAGAACGUUUAAGAAUCUCCCGAGUUUUGCCACGGAGAAGUCGUACGAGUGGCGCCACGUCCUGGUGUCCCUGAGAGACGGCAGAAUCCUGCUUAACAACAGCCUAGAGGUGUGUCCGGAGGUGAAGGUGGAGGGAAGUAACCUAACCCUUGUCGUUUCGACGCUCAAGCGAUCCAACGUCGUCUUCAACUGCCAAGAAGACCAUCUCUCUUACGCUUAUAUCUGGCGGCUUUUGGUAGUCACUCGUUACAUCUGGUGA